CUCUGAAACAAAAGUAAAAUGUCACUUCGCGUGAAAAUUAUCGCUAGUGGAAAACCGGCUUGACGCUGUUGUUAAGCGAGGCAGAAUUUGAUGGACAUUCGGGCGUAUGUUGAUGUAGGUUUUCAAGCGAUUACUAUUAUACUUCACGACAACGGUUAUGCAUGGGAACACAUAUAGCACUAUUUUAAGAGCUUAUUUUCUCGACAAUGCUUUCAUAAAAUUAACAUAUAACGCCUGUUCACAAAGUAUUACCUCCUCACAUCAAAGUAUAACUGUAGUGUAGCCAAUCCGUCUAAUAGAACAUGUUAAUUCUAGAAGGGUUUCAAGUGUAGACGUACGUGUGUUUUACGUCGAUUCAAAAGCAUAUUCAGUUGUUUAACAACUCUUGCGGUUGCAACAUGGUUCGUAAUCGAGACUUCAGUUUUCGACUCUUGUAUCGAGUCGCUUUCUUUUUCUUCUGUUUGUUGUUUGUCUGUUUUUAUCGUGGUGAUCGUGGUUUUGGACUUAUCACGGGAGAGAUCAAAACGGGAUCAAGGAAAUUGAGAGAAGAAUUUAACGACACGCCCUCAACACGUAAAAUUUCAAACGAAUCCAUUCCCGACACAACAGAAAAUUCUGAACAGAUUGAUGUCGACAAGACGGAAGAAGAAACUGGUCUUCAAGAGAUAAGAAAAGAGAUUGCAGUUGAAACAAAGCGAAGUUAUGAAAUAGGAAAGAAACAAGAAGUUCCUUUUUCAACUUCUUCACUGCCUAAAUGGAAAUAUCCCACUAUGAAACCAGGCAUCAUUUCUCAUGUAAAUCAGACGAAAUGGGACAUUUAUAUCAAAAUAAACCUAUCCUUGUUGAGCCGCCGAUUUUCUCAUCCUGACAACUUCUCAACAAGGCAGCACAACCGGAACAGACGAGACAUUGAUGCAAUCACAAGAAGUAAGACAGGUUUGAUCGACUGCGCGAAUUCUACCUUUAGUAUAGAAUAUGAAGAUGAUUACAAAGUGUGGAACAACUUCUCGAUCAUGUACCAGGGUGAAAUAUACCAUUAUGACCAGUACAGAGUCACAAAGAAAGGUCUAGAAGUUUGUAAUUCUUCCAAACCUCUUAUCCAACUAAGAUGGCAAAAUUUGACUAUCAUUGAGAAGGAAAAGAUGGCUUCCAGACAUUGCAAUGUAUCCGUUGAUGGUUUUCCAAGGCAAAAUUACAAAGUAUAUAAAAAUUUAACUGUUUUCUUCAAACUCACCACGCAAAGUUUUACACAGCGAGAUUACGGGGUAAUUUUUGGACAUUUUGCAAUUUGUGCGGGGAAGCUUAACAAAGCCUGCGACGAAUACUUAGUCAGAGUAAAGUACGGGAGACAAUACCACGUGUGGAAGAAUUUUUCCCUCUCUUUCAACAACAGGAUUUAUCAUCCUAGCGAAUAUCGACUAAACUACGACAAUAUUCAGAUGUGUGCUUCCAAUGAUGCAAAAAUUCAAGCGAUUUGGAAAUCUCGAAAUUCGUGGAAAAAGGUGAAAGCCCGGUAUGAAUGCCUUGCCCAGGGUGAUCAUUUCAUUAAGACGCGGGUUUACGUUGUGAAUAAACAGUUUACGCUAUAUUACCAAUGGAGAGGUCAAUAUCUCACAAGACAGGACUACAGAGUGAAAGAUGGUAAACCUUUCGUAUGCAAAGGAAGAUUAAGACCAGAAUCAACGGAGUUUACCAAGGAAGAUCUAUUAACAUGCAACGAUUCAAUCAUCAAUAUAAAAUACGAUGAUGAAUACAAAGUUUGGAAUAACUUUUCAAUACUUUAUAAGAACAAGGUCUAUGAUUAUACUGAGUAUCGAGUUCUGAAUGAUACCAUAAAGAUUUGUAACUCCACUGAUGACUACGUACGGAAUAUUUGGGAAUUGCGUAAUUACUGGAUGAAGAGGAAAAGGUCUUUUAAAGGUUGUAAUAAAGCUUUCGGCUUAAAUUAUUAUGUGGUGAGUAAGCAGCUCCAUGUUUACUGGGCAGCAGCCAGUCAACAUUUUAAAACGAGUGACUAUGGGGUUAUACACGGUAAACCUUAUCUAUGCCAGGGAAAAUUAGGACUACAGUCAAGAGAGUAUACCAAGGAAGAUCAAUUAACAUGCAACGAUUCAAUCAUCAAUAUAAAAUACGACGAUAAAUACAAAGUUUGGAAUAACUUUUCAAUACUCUACAAGAACAAGGUGUAUGAUUAUACUGAGUAUCGAGUUCUGAAUGAUACCAUAAAGAUUUGUAACUACACUGAUGACUGCCUACGGAAUAUUUGGGAAUUGCGUAAUAACUGGGUAAAGAGGAACAGAUCUUUUAAAGGUUGUAAUAAAAAUAAAGCCUUCCGCUUAAAUUAUUAUGUGGUGAGUAAGCAGCUCCAUGUUUACUGGGCAGCAGCCAGACAACAUUUUAAGACGAGUGACUAUGGGGUUAUACACGGUAAACCUUACGUAUGCAAGGGUAAUUUAACACUACUAUCAACAGGGUAUACUAAAGAAGAUCAAUUAACAUGCAACGAUUCAAUCAUCAAUAUAAAGUACGAUGAUGAAUACGCAGUUGGAAAAAACUUUUCAUUACUCUAUGAGAACAAGGUGUAUGAUUAUACUGAGUAUCGAGUUCUGAAUGAUACCAUAAAGAUUUGUAACUCCACUGAUGACUACGUACGAAAUAUUUGGAAAGUGCGAAAUGAGUGGAUGAAAAAACAAAUACGUAGUAAAAAUUGUCGGAAACAUUUCAUUGGGAAAUUGCUUUAUUUUGUGACUAAACAUUUCCAUGUCUACUGGGCGCAAGUUAAUCAAUAUCUCACAAGAAGUGAGUUUGCGGUUAUACGCGGCCUACCAGUCAUAUGCAAAGAAAUUGUUAGCCAUCAAAUACAAAGAUCAAGAAAUUUUACCAAAGAAGAUCUAUUAACAUGCAACGAUUCAAUCAUCAAUAUAAAAUACGAUGAUGAAUACAAGGUUUGGAAUAACUUUUCAGUACUCUACAAGAACAAGGUGUAUGAUUAUACUGAGUAUCGAGUUCUGAAUGAUACCAUAAAGAUUUGUAACUCCACUGAUAACUACGUACGGAAUAUUUGGGAAUUGCGUAAUAACUGGGUAAAAAGGAAAAGGUCUUUUAAAGGUUGUAAUAAAGCCAUCCGCUUAAAUUAUUAUGUGGUAUGCAAGCAGCUCCAUGUUUACUGGGCAGCAGGUAGUCAACAUUUUAAAACGAGCGACUAUGGGGUUAUACACGGUAAACCUUACGUAUGCAAGGGUAAUUUAACACUACUAUCAACAGGGUAUACCAAGGAAGAUCAAUUAACAUGCAACGAUUCAAUCAUCAAUAUAAAAUACGAAGAUGAAUACAAAGUUUGGAAUAACUUUUCAAUACUUUAUAAGAACAAGGUGUAUGAUUAUACUGAGUAUCGAGUUCUGAAUGAUACCAUAAAGAUUUGUAACUCCACUGAUGACUACGUACGGAAUAUUUGGGAAUUGCGUAAUAACUGGGUAAAGAGGAAAAGGUCUUUUAAAGGUUGUAAUAAAGCCAUCCGCUUAAAUUAUUAUGUGGUGAGUAAGCAGCUCCAUGUUUACUGGGCAGCAGGUAGUCAACAUUUUAAAACGAGUGACAAUGGAGUUAUACACGGUAAACCUUACGUAUGCAAGGGUAAUUUAACAAUACUAUCAACAGGGUAUACCAAGGAAGAUCUAUUAACAUGCAACGAUUCAAUUAUCGAUAUAAAAUACGAUGAUGAAUAUAAAGUUUGGAAUAACUUUUCAAUACUUUAUAAGAGCAAGGUGUAUGAUUAUACUGAGUAUCGAGUUCUGAAUGAUUGCAUAAAGAUCUGCAAAUCCACUGAUGACUACGUACGGAAUAAUUGGAAAUUGCGUAAUAAGUGGGUAAAAAGGGUGAGGUUUAUUAAAGAGUGCAAUGAAUGCUCUUACCUGCAAUAUUUUGUUGUGAGUAAGCAGUUCCAUGUCUAUUGGGCGCGCACUGAUCAAUAUUUCUCAGUAAAUGACUACGGAGUGACAGACGGAAGACCUUGUACAUGCAAAAAAAAGUUUAGACCAGAAUCACUAGAGUUUACCAAGGAAGAUCUAUUAAAAUGCAACGAUUCAAUCAUCAAUAUCAAAUACGAUGAUGACUACAAAGGUUGGAGUAACCUUUCAAUACUCCACAAGAACAAAAUGUAUGAUUAUACUGAGUAUCGAGUUCUGAAUGAUACCAUAAAGAUUUGUAACUCCACUGAUGACUACGUACGGAAUAUUUGGAAAAUGCGUAAUGAGUGGAUAAAGAGAGAAAUUUCUUUCAAAGGAUCCCAAAUAUGCGUUUACCUCAACUAUCAAGCAGUUGUUGUGAGCAAGCAGUUCCAUAUGUACCGGUCACUAACUGGUCAAUAUUUCACAAAACACGACUAUGGGGUGAUAGACGGUCGACCUUGCAUUAGCGAAGAAAAGUACGGACCUCCGUCAACUGAGUAUACCAAGGAAGAUCUAUUAACAUGCAGCGAUUCAAUCAUCAAUAUAAAAUACGAUGAUGAAUACAAAAUUUGGCCGAAUAAAAACUUUGCAAUACUCUACAAGUACAAGGUGUAUGAUUAUACUGAGUAUCGAGUUCUGAAUGAUACCAUAAAGAUUUGUAACUCCACGGAUGACUAUGUGCAGAAUGUUUGGAAAAUGCGUACUUCCUGGGUAAAGGGCUUCAAGUAUUUUGAAAGUUGUAUUAAAUCCAUGAGAACGAAUACGGACAAACGAGGGCAUUUCACACUACUGAAGGAUGUGAAGUUGGAAGUAGUUACUGUACAGUAUGAAAUAAGUAAGACAAGUUCCAGAAAUGUGACACAUCGAAAAAAGUUCAAUGACCUCACAGAGUGGGUUGACGUUUCGUUUUUGAGGAAAAGUAAAACAAAGUAUAGUUAUAGCGUGUUCGAAGGUAAAUUUACAGUAUGUCCUGGUAAACGUACUGAACAUAGUAUAUCAGAUAUUAGGCUGUUCUUCAUAGCACCAUUUUGUGCCUUGGCUCUCUCAAUUAUUUGUUUAUUAUUGUUGUUGAUAGUUUAUGGUAUGCUUCCAGAGUUGCGAACUCUUCCUGGCUUGAAUUUGAUGAGUUUAAGUUUCUCAUUUCUCUUGGCAUUGAUUAAUUACGUAGUGUAUUUGUCACUGUAUUUACGUGUUGAUAAAGAAUUGGAUUUCCCAUGUGCUAGAAUGGAAAUAAUAAAUAAGUUUAUUACAUAUAACAUACUCAUGAAUGCUGCUGUUAAUAUCUAUCACUUGAGAAAAACCUUUUGCCGCAAUACUUUGGUGAGAUCUGAUGUAAACAAGUUGAAAACCUUCUUUAAGUACAGUCUGUUUGGCUGGGGUGUUCCUGUCGUUAUAACUAUAGUCUACAUUGUUCUUGUGAAGACGAAAGUCUUGAGGUUUCAUCAGAAUAUAACUCAGGAGUCAGUUUCUUGUGCUAAGGAUCACAAUCUUCCUAGUUGGCUGGUUGUUGUUGAGAAUUAUGGUGUUCCAGGCUGUGUUUUGUUCUACAUCAUUGCAAUGUUCAUCUUUACUGCUCGUGGAAUUCGCAAAAAACUCAGAGCAAGCGAGAACAUUGUACAGAAAUCAAACAUUGUUAAGAAACGCAGAAGCUUUGUUUUGUUGUUUAAGCUGUCAACCACUACAGCCAUCAGCUGGAUUCCUCUUGUAUUUGAAGAUUUAGUGUUUAAUUCUGACCUUAUGAUAUCAUUACUGACGGUAGCGUGGCUUUCUGGUGUUUAUGUUGGAAUUGCUUUUGUCUUCACUGGAAAAAAUUACCAGCUGCUUAGGAAGAAAUUUUUUGGCGAGCAAGCGAGUCGUUAAAAUCUUCUUGGCACGAACCUUCGAAAAAUAUCUCAAUAAUCACGUAUUCGUCGCCUUAAAAUCUGUAAAAGAAAUGUAGAAAGGAAACUGUACUUAGAUUCAACAAGCAAUGGAAGCAAUUAAAUUAUGAUGUAAAUAAAUGUAAUGUGUUUAGAGCCAUUAUGCAACAGCAGGUCGGUUCAAAACAUUCGUGGAUUUUCGAUGACUUACUUUCGGUGAUGACCUCAUGCAUAACUGAAUCGUUUAUAAUAAUUCUAUCCUAACCUUAAACUUAAAGGCAUUGGCAAUUAUAAUCAGUCUUAUCAUGUAUCCCCAAAAUGAUGAUGUUGGGUUGGCCAAGCAUCCCUGUACCUAUAAUAAUGCACUAAUGCUUGGAUAAAAAGCAGUGCCAUCAAUACAAGUAUAUAAAACUAAAUAAGAAGUUAACGUUGAUGUAAUUGUAAUUAAAUAAUAAACU